ACCCCAAACCCCAACCCCAACCCCACCACCACCGCCAAAGCACAGGAGGCAGAAUCAGACACACCACCACUUCCUCAACCUCAAGCUCAACCUCCACCGAUCCUACUAUCCAAGCCCGCAGCCGACUACCAUACUCCCAAGUCAUUAUCCUUCACCAACGGCGCACUCAAGCGCCACCACCACCCUCGUCCAAUCAGCCCGGUGGUGCCUGUGCCGGUGCCGGUGCCGGUGCCGGUGCCGGUUGUUUACAGAGAAUGUCAGAAGAAUCACGCCGUAAGCUUAGGUGGCCACGCCUUGGAUGGCUGUGGAGAGUUCAUGCCAUCUUCCUCCGCCACACCAACCGACCCUACUUCUCUCAAAUGCGACGCUUGUGGUUGCCACCGCAACUUCCACCGCCGUGAGCCCGAAGAAGCCUCCUUUUCCCUGGAUCUUCACCAUCACCACUACCACCCACAGCCACCCUCUUCUAUCGCCGCUCGUGGGCGGAGCCCCAAUUCACUUUCAUCCUCCCCACCACCGCUCUCAUCUUCGUAUUACCCAUCUGCACCUCACAUGUUGCUUGCUUUGAGUACCAGAUUGUCAGGUUCAUCAGAUAACCAUCAAGUAAUUACAGCUACAACAAUGACGACCGCAACCACGGCGAGCCCAAAUGGACGGAAGUGUUGUCAAUGGCUUUGCACAUGCCCUCUCUACUGGUGGUGGUGGAGGAGAUGAGGUGGAGGACUACGACGUCGACUGUGUCGAUUGAGUGGGGUUGUUGGGAUAAAGUGUUUAAUUGAGGAGGUGAGGCCCUGAUCCAGAGCUCAAUUAUUCCCAUCCAUAUCUCUCAUGUUGUUAGCUUUGUUUUCUACUACUCUUUUAAUGGUCCACAUGGGGAGCCCACAACAUCAAGUGUCUCUGCAACUUUGAAAAUAAGUAGGUUUUGGUUCUUUGUUGUCCAAACUCUUAAAAUCCACUCGCCAUGUGGUGGGUCCUACACUCAGAUCUGGGAGGUAGGAUAUUAGGAUGUACGUUCUUAAGCAAUACCACUCCAACUUCCACCGCCAAGCCAAGAAGAAAAAAAUAUUACAAAUAAUUGAAA